AUGUCGGUGGUGGUAUGGGCCGUCCCGGUCAUACUCGUCGUCUCGGCCCUCCUGUGCUCUGUUGCCUCGACCGCCUUCAUCUUCCGGCGCAUCAAAUCGACCAACGACCCCGUCCGCUCGGCCGCCAGCUGGCUCAAGACGUGCUGGGUCAUCCUGACCGUCGUGUGGCUGCCGCUCUCGCUGGCCGUCCACUGCCUGAACCUGGACGUCCAGAUGUCCGGCAAGCCGAUCGAGACGCACGCCCGGGCCAUGGGGUUCCUGCGCCCGCUCAAGAAUCUCGUGGGCUUCAUCACCGCGGCGUACAUCCUGAUGCUGCAGCUGGAGCUCAUCCUGGGGCUCAAGCGCGUGGCUGGCUCGCAGUCCGCGCAGGUCGACGACGCCACGGCCGUCAAGGAGGAGAAGCGGGACGGCAGGAAGAGGAUUGGGGCUUGGGUCGCGCUGAUAGCGACGCUGGCGCUGGCGCUGGCUCAGGGGGUCUUGACGCAGAUGGGGCCGAGGGCGCAGUGGAUGCAGAUCCAGCAUCGCAGCGACUCCCUCACGGGAUGUGCUCUGCAGAUCACCGUGGCGGUGUUGUUGCUGUGCGGCGUAGUGACGGUGCUUGUGUACGGGAUCGUGAUAUCGAGGGCGGCGAUGGGACCCGUCGGGAGGGUCAUGGGCAUGCAGCUGACGGUUGCGAGCCUUUUGGGGGUGGUCAGGCAGGUGUGCAUGCUCGUGUAUGCAUGCCUGGUCAUGACCGGUCUACUCCAUUAUGACGAGGAGCCGGCGCUGGAUAUUCUGGAGAGCAUCACGACCAUCUGGACUGUCAUCGGGGGGUUAUGGUUGACGGCGGCUGUGCUGGCCAGGAGAGAGGGAGGGCUCUGGAGCGUGCACAUCAAGAGCUGCGAUACCCCAGUGCCGGGGGAUGAGGAUCUGGAGGCCGCGAGGUAUGCCUGA